AUGUCUGAUUCUGGCACCCUUCCUCGGAACUCUGCCGAGCCAAGCAAGGUUGAUGAAGUUGGUGCUGGGGAAGUGAUCUUGGACUUGUUAGCGCCUACUCAACGGGAGGAGGAGGAGACCCAACAAGGUGUGGUGACACCAACACGAGAGGAUGAAAAAGGGCCACCAAUACCUCCUGAGGUCCUCAAGGAAGUACCCUACUACGAGAUGAAGGUUAUCAUCACAACUCCGCAGUACCGUGGUGUGCCUCGUGGUGGGUUUCUGAUAUCCAACUCGGCUAAGAGGGUGGCGAGUCUACUACUGACCGACCCAGAGCCAAGUCCGGUCUUUUCAUUUCGUGACAAGGUCCCAGAUCCGUCCAAGUCGGACUUCCUACUCCUGUUAUCGUCGAUCCGACGUCGUGGCCCGGCGAUUCACAUGCUAUCACUGGGAGAAGUGACAGUUCUGGGAAGGGACUUGGAGUGCGUUGCGGCUCUUGGUGAGUUGGGCUGUAGUUACUAUCAGGAGUUCUUGUUGAUCUCAGUGGAGCUCUGGUAA